GCCCGUGGGCUUUCAAGCCGGGCGCGCUCUUCAGGAAGGUGUUACGGGGGGGGACUCUUUGGCUGCGGACUCCCGAGCGGAAGUUGCUUUCCUAGCGGAGACGGCGGUGGGGGAGGAGCCAUCCGAGGGGAACGUGGGUUGAACGUUACGGGUUGAUGGUGUGGAGCUCAAGCUGGAACAGGAGUUCGGACCGAUUCUACACGAAGAAGGGGUGUGCAACGGGCCGGAUUCAUUGAAAAAUCAUUAGUGCUAUUGGCAUGUUCCAAGUGGCAUAAAUUAGCCAAUGACUCGGAUUGAUGGAUUCUCUGAAGAUUGGAAAUGGUUUGCCACGGGUUGGACCAGGGACUGAUAUAGGGAUAUCUUCACUCCCCACGCUGGGGUACUUGGGAAAAAAUUAUGGUUCAGCUAAAGUUACAACAGAUGGGUAUUGCCCUGCUUGUAGAGCAAAAGGAAAGCUAAACACCUUAAAAACUUACCAGAUUAACUUCCAAGAAUCUGUGUUUCUGUGUGAGGAUCUUCAGUGCAUUUAUCCUUUGGGGUCUGAAUCACUUACUAAUUUAAUUUCUCCUGAUUUGGAAGACUGUCACACUCAAAAUAAGCCUCAAAAAAGAAAGAGAUUGGAAACCACCUGUAAGAAUUCACCUCUUCCAGUGCAUUCUAAGAAGACUAGAAGUCACGUUGUCACUGGUGGUGAACAGAGUUUGAAUGGUAAAUACAAUGGAAAGGUGUGUGGUGACACCACAUCAAACUCAACAGAAAACACUGGUCACCAGAAUCCUGCCAGGACUGUUGCUUCCUUGGAGCAGAAUGAGACUUUGGAAGCUGCUAAUAUGGACGUGGUUCCUACAGAAGACCCUGCCACAGUUCGUGCCUCUGGAAUGCUCCUCCAGAGUGAAGGCUCUGCCCUGGAAACGCCGUCUGUGAGCAGAUGUUUAUCACUUUGCCGGACUCUGUGUGUCCAGUGGAAAAACUCUGAGGCGCUCUGCUGGCUAGACUGUAUCCUUUCAGCCCUGGUGCACCUGGAGACGCUGAGGAACGCUGUGGCGGAGGUGUGCUCCAGAGAGGAGUGUGUAUUUGGGAGGCUGUUUGGAAAAUACCACCAAGCAGAUAAACUUUGGUACACACAUCACCUGCAUGGUGUCACAGGUGAAGAUUCUAAAAAACUGACAUCAGAAAUACUUGCAGAGAUAGAGCGCUGUCUGAAUGAAGUUAGAGAUGAAAUUUUCAUUAAACUUCAGCCUAAGCUUAGAUGCACAUUAGGUGAGAUGGAAAGUCCUGUGUUUGCAUUUCCCGCACUGUUGAAACUAGAACCCCAUGCUGAAAAGCUCUUUACAUACUCCUUUUCUUGGAAUUUUGAAUGUUCCCGUUGUGGGCACCAGUAUCAAAACAGGUGUUUGAAGAAUCUGGUCACCUUUACAAAUGUUGUUCCUGAGUGGCAUCCACUCAAUGCCGCCCAUUUUGGUCCAUGUAACAGUUGCAACAGUAAAUCACAGAUAAGAAAAAUGGUGUUGGAAAGAGCAUCGCCCAUAAUCAUGCUGCACUUUGUGGAAGGCUUACCUCGGAAGGAUUUGCAGCACUAUGCAUUUCAUUUUGAAGGCAGUCUUUACCAAGUCACCUCUAUAAUACAGUACCAAGCAAAUAACCAUUUUAUAACAUGGAUUUUAGAUGCUGAUGGGAGCUGGCUGGAGUGUGAUGACUUAAAGGGCCCAUGGGCUAAAAGGCAUGUGACAUGUGAAGUGCCAGCAUCAGAGAUCCAUAUUGUUGUUUGGGAAAGAAAGUUGCAGGUACCAACUGAAGAAGCCACCUGCUUUCCGUGUACAAAGCCAUGUGCGCAGCCUGCGUCAGGUGAGGAGCAGCCAGCUUCGCCAGCACUGUAUUCUGUGGGUGGGCCUGCCACCUCAGAACCCUCAGCCGCCCACCCUGCACAUAUGCCAGUCACUCCUCAGACUCUGCCAGAAGUACAAGCCGUAGCUCACGGAGUUAGUGCACUUUCAGGAACAGAGGGCUUCGUCGAAACGGCCCCUGUUUCUCAGAUGGACUCCAAAGAUGGCCUGUUGGCAGACAAACCUGUGGCAGGAAGUGCAGUGCUUGUCAGAGCACCUGCUGUGCAAGCCCAGGGCUCACUGAUGACCUCAUCGUCUAACCCAUGGGAAGGAAAGCUAGUUGUCCCACCAGGGGUGAACACAGACCCGCAGGCAGUGCCGUCACAGGAAGGAGACACUGUAGUUCCUAAACCUGUGACUGACGCCCCUGUUCCUGUUCCUCCUGUUCAGGAAGUGAAGUCCAUGGUAGCUGAGGACACUCAGAUACAGUUGCUGCCACUUACAACUGAGAAGCUAAAACCUGCACAACCUGGUAAAUCUCAGACAAAUUUAAGAAAAAGAGAAACCACAGCGUCUUCUAAAAUGGUAACAGCCAGUUCCCCACAGAAUCAGCCUCGGAAAGAUGAUCAGAAGAAAGCUUUUGUGGGAAGCUGGGUGAAAGGGCUGCUGAGCAGGGGUGGUGCAUUUAUGCCACCCUGUGUGCUGGCUCAGAACAGAGCGGUAACUGACCUGCAGCCCUCUGUUAAAGGAGCCAGUCAUUUUGAUGGCUUUAAGACAAAAAAUACAAACCGGAAGGCUAACAGGAUGUCCAGGAAGGCUUCUCAGCGUGAGGACGAGCUGUCCCCGGGCCGCAGCUCGCCACCUUCAGGCAGCACCGCUGCUCUGCCCCAUGCCCAUGCUGGCGGGGAGGCCUCGGCCGCCCUGUUGACGGGGCAGGAACGCUCACAUGACAAUAAAAGUACCGCCUCCCCAGCAGUCCCUGGAGAUGCUGCUGAAGAUGGGGUUCAUAAGCUUCGGCUCAAACUUCUUAAAAAGUUAAAGGCAAAGAAGAAGAAACUGGCUGCUCUCAUGUCUUCCCCGAACCAUGGGACAUCUGUAAGUGACCAGUCAGAUUCUGUGUCCCAUUGUGGGUCUCCAAACGACAGUGAGUCCAUAGAAGAUCUGUUAAGUGAGCUACAGCAUCAAAUUGACCUUGCAGACAGCAAAUCCGGGUGCACCCCUGCUCCUGAAGGUACCUCUUAUAACAGCCAGAGUCAUGAAGAGAUUUUAGCAGAAUUGCUUUCGCCUGCAGCCUUGUCAGAGCCCUCAGCAAGUGUGGAGCCUGAGUUGAGGUACUUGGAGAUGGGGGACAGCACACCAGCACCUAGUGAGUUCAGUGUUGUUCCCCAGAACAUGUCUCUGAGUCAGGACCAUAACUACUGCAGCCCCAAGAAAAACCAGUCUGAAGUCGAGCAGUGUUCACUCACAGACAGUACCUCUAUAAGAACCUUGAACUUGGGAAGCCCCAUGAAGACUGAUAUUUUUGAUGAAUUUUUUCCUGCUUCAACAUUGAAUUCUUUAACAAAUGACACAUUAGAUAUACCUCAUUUUGAUGAAUAUCUGUUUGAGAAUUGCUGAGUGUUAAUGUUUUAGUUUAACACUGAUCACUGCUGCAAGACGAUGUGACUUGUGGGUAGUGCUAGCUGAAAUGCAUGACCUUGUGUUCUAGCCACGGGGAAGGCUGUAAGCUACUGGGUCUCCCUUUGGUUCUGCUUGUGAAGCAUGGGACCUACUGCAAAUUAAAGUCCUCAGCCUUUUUUUUUAUAUCAGUUUUAUGAUUAUAGAGUGACUACAUUAAAUUUCAAGAUUUUAAGAUUGAUGUUGGGGUCUGGGGAGACACUCUGGAGACAUGACACCCUUGGGUCAGUUCCCAGAACCACUGUAAAAGGCCAGAUGUGGCAGUGCACACCUGGAGUCGCAGGUCUGAGGAUCUCAGGAGCUUGCUGGGCAGCCAGUUGAGCCAAAUUGGUGCGCUCCAGUUGCAAUGGAAGCCCCAUCCCAAGGAAUGCGGUGGAGUGGACUGAGGAGGACACCUGACAUUGACCUCUGACCUCUAAACCAUGCACAUGUAUCCACACACAGAAAUAAAAUACCUUUUGAAAACAUG